GGUCGACUAAAAUGAUUUUUUUUAGGUCUGGUAUCCUGGUAAUAGUUAAUUCACAUUGCCAUCUGCUGGCGAAACCACAAAUCAUGUGAUCAAUGACAAUGCAGAGCAACCAACCCAGUCCCGAGUAACGUCAGAGCCGUGCGUCACACAGCAACAUAACGAGCUCUCCUUAUCGAUUGGCUAAUUGUCUCCCUUCCACCAAUCACAUUCCAGAUUGUAGGCGGGACUAGCGCUACUUCCGAAGACAACAACAGGAAGAAAGAAAACUGAACAGCAAUUACUUUUUGGGAAACUUUUACAAAACCUACUUAAAAUACUGUUAACUGUUUAUACAUCUAAACAGUCGGAUUUAUAUAUAAAUGAGGAGUUUUACUUUACUGCGUUCGAGACAUUGGGACACUUUCAACGGAUACAACGGUAUCACCUGCUUUAUUUGUUUACAUGGUGAAAAAGCUGACGAGCUAACGUUAGCAACCUAGCCUUGUAAAAUUCGAGUCAUAUGAGCUGGUAAUGAUCCAACAGCUUCUUCCUCAUGAAUGAAACUUCGCAUAAGAAGAAGAGAUAACGUACCUGUACACCAGUGAGAGGUCGUGUUGGGUCGCAGUGGGCAGUUGGAAGUGUAACAAUGCGAAGCUAACGUUAAAGGUGUCGAGUUGAUUUGUUUUGUCACUGCACCUGGGCCACUUUUAAAGGCCUCGUAUCAAGAUGCCUUGUUCCUGUGGGAAUUGGAGAAGAUGGAUCCGGCCGCUGGUCGUCGUGCUGUAUAUCUUGUUGCUAUUAGUCGUCCUGCCCCUGUGCAUCUGGGAGCUGCAGAAGUCAGAGGUUGGCACUCAUAAUAAAGCAUGGUUCAUCGCUGGAAUAUUUGUCUUCAUGACCAUACCCAUAUCAUUAUGGGGCAUCCUGCAGCAUCUGGUUCACUACACUCAGCCAGAGCUGCAGAAACCUAUCAUCAGGAUACUAUGGAUGGUCCCAAUAUACAGCCUGGACAGUUGGAUUGCAUUGAAAUACCCCCGUAUAGCAAUUUAUGUGGACACAUGCAGGGAGUGCUACGAGGCCUAUGUCAUCUACAACUUCAUGACCUUCUUGCUGAACUACCUGGAGAAUCAGUACCCCAGCCUGGUGUCGAUGCUGGAGGCCCAGGAGCAGCAGAAACAUCUGCCCCCUCUUUGCUGCUGCCCACCCUGGCCAAUGGGAGAGGUUUUAUUGUUGAGAUGCAAAUUGGGAGUGUUGCAGUACACCGUGGUCAGACCCGUCACAACAGUGAUUGCCUUGAUCUGUCAGCUAUGUGGAGUGUAUGAUGAAGGCAAUUUUAGUUCCAAAAAUGCAUGGACGUACCUGGUCAUCUUUAACAACAUGUCACAGCUGUUUGCCAUGUACUGCCUGGUGCUGUUCUACAGGGCUCUCAGAGAGGAACUGAGUCCAAUCAGACCAGUGGGAAAAUUUCUAUGUGUCAAAAUGGUGGUGUUCGUCUCUUUCUGGCAAGCUGUGUUCAUUGCUUUGCUGGUGAAAGUGGGCAUUAUCUCAGAGACACGUACAUGGGACUGGAAUAGUGUGGAGGCUGUAGCUACUGGCUUACAGGAUUUCAUCAUCUGUGUGGAGAUGUUUCUGGCAGCCAUCGCCCAUCACUUCAGCUUCACCUACAAGCCCUACAUACAGGAGGCUGAGGAGGGUUCUUGCUUUGACUCUUUCAUGGCAAUGUGGGACAUUUCUGACGUCCGAGCGGACAUCUCUGAACAAGUCCGCAAUGUUGGGAGAACAGUUAUGGGUCGUCCGAGAAAGUCCUACUUCGGUGAGGCGCAGAGUGAUGGCGAGCGGUCUGGUCUGCUCUCUUCCAGCUCCCAAGAUGCAAUCACAGAGGCAGCAUCCAACCCGGUGUCCCCCAGAGGUCAAUACGAGGGCCUGGGCAAAACCCUCACACCGCACUCUUUGUCCGCCCCUGCUGGGCUCAGCUCGGCGCCGUGGGAUGAUGGAUAUGAGCCCGAUCCCGAAGAAACCCCUGAAGAGGAAAGGACCAACCAAAGCAAAGAGCCAACAGAAGCAGAUCUCAUCGUGAUCACCUAGCCUGUUGUAAAAGGUGACGUGACCGACAGACUACCAGACAAGGUUGGGCGGGACCCAAUUACAGCCUUGCCAUUUUCUUUCAGACAUUACUGUACUGAUGCAACAUUAAAUAAACUGUUUUCAAAAGGCACAUCAACCAACAUAGUAGACAUUUGCCAACAAAUACGAAACAAGAUGGACCUCUCUGCCAGUGACAGCUCCAAGAAUGUUCAGUGAAGUUAUGGCACUAAAUAACCUGUAGAUAAGGUGCAGUUUUUAUUGUUCUUGGCUGUAGGUUCUGCAGAAAGGGACAGUACACCCCCAAAUCAAAUAUUUUCCUCUAGGAACUGUCUUAGAAAGAAAAAAAAUUCCGUUAUUAAACUCCUUACAACAAGGUGUGUGGAUCAUCUCCACUAACUGCAUCAUUUCUGGAAAGAGACUUUGCUGUUGGGUCUUCAAAUGUAUUAUUUUGGAUCCUUGAGUACCACAAGCCAAGUGCCAAAUAGUCCCAUUAUAUUCAAGAGAAAGCAGAUCUCCAGCUCUCAGCAUCUCUCACCCAAACAAUCUAGAUUGAUUAGUAGCACAGGUACAGGUGAAAGGGAAAAUGUGGUUUAGAUUUGGGUUGAACUGUCCCUUUAAUGUGCGUCCUGAUGAGCACACUAGUCACAUUUGUUGAGAUGAGACGCCACAUACCUUUAAGUCUGGUAAAACUUGCAUGUGUAUCCUUUCCCAAUAGGAAAUUAUUACACUUUCUCAUGCCGUCUCAAUCAUAUCAUCAUCUCUGAUGUGACACUUGGAUGAUACAGACAAAUAUGCAACUUUUAAAAUACAUGUUUCCUUCACUAUAUCUGAAUUUAGAGUGAUUUCAGACGACAUCAAUUAAAAUAAGUAAUCGUAAAUGGAAAUCUACGAUUUUAAAGCACAUUAGAUGUCUAAAAGUGUCUAUUUUUUUGUCCUAGCUUGUAGAAGAUUUGUAUCAAUGAGGGUGAGAAAGAAAAGAGCCGAAGCAACAAAUGUUGAACAGUUAUGACUAAACUGUUAGUGGAGAAAUCAAUUUGGGAGAACUGACGUGUGUCCUAAUAUUAAUACAAUGUUUUACUAAGUAUACUAAGUACAUAUGAAGUAUUAAAAUAACACACAGUUCAGUCUGAAACGGUACAAUCAGCACAUUCUAGUAAAUUCCUAUCAAUGCUUUUCUGCACACAGCGCACUCUAAAGUGUUAAUAGAAAUGUGUUAACUCGUCUUCUCAGAUGCCUUGUUUUAUGUGCCGUGGAACUAUUCUAUCCACUACACCACCCAUUAUAUUCCAUGAUCAGUUUUAUUCUCUGUAUCCUAUUUUUAGCUUUUAAGAUUGAGCUGUUUUGUACCAAAGCCAUUUUCUUUUCACCAUAGAUUUUUGUUUAGCUUCUUUUUUUUUUGGGUUAUUGUGACUUACGUGGAUACGUACAGGGAUAUUAACAUGUUUAAUGUACAGUGUUGGAUAUCAGGUUUUGUCAGAAAACAAAAAGUAUCAAAUCAACUGCAUUAUCUGCAUCAUGUCCAUCUACAGAAUGUUACAUUGCCUUAUAUGAUUCUUAAAAAACAAAACUGACAGGGUUAUGUAAAUGGUUCAACAUUUUAAUUAAAUUCCAUCUCUGACAGUCUCUUGAAUAAAUCAGAUUAAUUACA